AUGGACACGGCUGCAGCGGUGACCCUUUUGGGCGGUGUCCUGGCACUGGCAGGCGGCGUCAGCCACGGUCUCCACAUCCAAGACGCUCUGGACCACAGCGAUGACGCCGGCAGCACGGAGGAAAACUUGGACGACUACCCCCUGCAUCUGGAGAGCUUUAAAGCAGACAAUAGAAUGAACGACCGCUUGCUGACGUCGCUGCUCAAAGCUCUGCUGCUGGGAUCCCAAAGACAAGCCAGGAACUCUGUCCUCCAUCAGCCACAGAGGUUUGGUCGCUCCGCCAGAGGGCCGCUGCUUCUGGAGGAUCAGAUGAAUUCUCCCGAUUGGGAGGCGGCUCCCGGCCAGAUCUGGAGCAUGGCUGUGCCCCAGAGGUUUGGCAAGAAAUAG